AUGGCUGUAGACCAAGAUGUGAGACCGGCAGCAGCCGAACAUGCUGUUAAUGAUACUUCAAAUGUCACAGAGCAGGAGCAAACUCCAGUGGCUGCGGGAGCUAACACGUUUGCUCAGCGUUUCGAAACCUUCUUCAGCUACUUCCGCCUGCUCUUCUACGCCGAACCAACAUGGAUCGAUGUUCUACUCUUCGUCGUGGGCAGCAUCACGGCUGCUGCGGCCGGUGUGCCUUUUCCGUUGAUGGGAAUUCUGUUCGGUCAACUCAUUGAUGACAUGAACGGCGCCUCAUGCUCCAGUGCAGUUGGCGACGCCGACACCUUCCAGGCCGCCGUCAACGACAAGGUCCUCACACUCGUUUACAUCAGUAUCGGCAGCUUUGUGCUGAUUUAUUGCUAUACCACAUCCUGGAGUAUGUUAAGCCAAAGGCUUGCCCAGCGUUUCCGGGAGAAAUACUUUCAGAGUUUGCUGCGACAGGACGCCGGCUUCUUCGAGAACCGACAAGCAGGAGAGGUUUCUUCGCGUCUGAACUCUGAUAUCCAGACCAUUCAGACUGGAGCGUCUGAGAAGGUGGGAAUCUUCAUUGCAACGAUCUCGUUCUUUAUUACGGCCUACGUCAUCGGCUUCAUCAAAUAUGCCAAGCUCGCGGGUAUGCUGGUUUCUCUAAUCCCUGCAUUCCUGCUCAUGUCUAUCAUCUGCGGUGGAUUCGUCCAGAAAUGGACCGGAACCAUGUCUGAUGGCAUAGCCAAAGCCUCAUCCAUCGCAUCUGAGGCCCUCUCACAUGUCGCCGUGGUCCAAGCCUUUGGGGCUGGACCCCGUUUGGAGGCCAAGUUCUCGUCGCAUAUGAUGCAUGCCCAGAAAGAGGGCAUCAAAAAGGCCAUUGCAGCGGCAACACAGGCCGGCUUCCUGUACUUUCUUGCAUAUUCCGCCAACGCACUUGCUUAUUGGCAGGGAAGCAAGGCCAUCUCGGAGACUGUUGCUGGACGAGGUAACGGGACUUCAGUCGGAGACAUCUACACUGUCGUGUUCCUCAUUGUUGAUGCCUGCAUCAUGCUCGGCACCAUUGCGCCUUUGCUACCCCUUUUUGGAUCUGCCUCGGCUGCGUUUGUCAAGCUUCGGAAGGACAUCGAGUUUCGUUCCGAUAUUGACUCUGUGACCGAGGACGGCGAGAAGCUGCCCGCUACUAUUGAGGGAUCAGUUGAAUUGCGCGGCGUGACUUUUGCAUACCCCUCGCGACCUGACCAGAACGUGCUCAAAAAAGUGUCUCUCGUUUGUCCAGGUGGAAAAUACACUGCCAUUGUCGGUCUGUCAGGAAGUGGCAAGUCGACAAUUGCCGGCUUGGCCACAAGACUUUAUGAUCCGAAAGAAGGCACUGUUCUUCUAGAUGGCCGUGACAUCCGGAAUUUGAAUGUGAGAAAUGUGCGCAGUUACAUCAGCCUGGUUCAGCAAGAGCCCUCGCUCCUUGACCGCUCCGUCCUCGAAAAUAUUGCUCUUGGCCUCGUCAAUUCUCCAAAGGAGGAACAUCAAGGUCUCAAGGCUGCCCUUCACGGGCCUCAACUGGCGCAGCUCGCGGAUGAUGUGCAGAGAGGCGCCGACCUUGAUACUGCAGCUCAGGCGUAUGGGCCCGAAGUGGUCGAGAUUGCAAAGCUAGUCCAGCAUGCCGCGGACCUUGCCGAUGCGACCUCCUUUAUAUAUCGUCUCAGACAUGGCUUCGGAACGCCUGUUGGUACUGGUGGCAAGCUGGUUAGCGGUGGCCAGACGCAGCGCGUGGCACUCGCCCGAGCUCUCAUUCGUGACCCCAAGAUCCUAAUUCUUGACGAGGCUACUGCAGCGCUGGAUUCUGCCAGCGAACAUCGAAUUCAGACAGCUGUAGAGAGUGUUUCCAAAGGCCGCACCCUGAUUUCCAUCGCUCAUCGUCUUUCUACGAUCAAGAACGCCGAUAACAUUAUUGUCAUGAACGCCGGCGACAUUGUCGAACAAGGAACUCACACCGACUUGAUCGCCCGCAACGGAGCCUACGCAAACCUCGUGAGGCUGCAAAAUAUCCACACGACCGAAGAAGAUGUGGCCCCCUCGCGUGCUAGCACGGCAGUCGAAUCGUUGGACAACAUCGAGAUCGAAAAGGGCGGCGUUGAUCCCACAGACCUCGCCAAGGCUAUCACUGAGGCUGAAGGAAAAGAAACCAAGAAGGACCCCAAGAAGACGGCCGCAGAGGAACUCCUAGCCAGCGGGCUUGACAGUAACAAGUCAGCGUGGCAAGUGACCAAGAAGUUGGGAGGUAUGAUCCGUCCUCACUCUCUGUGGCUCGUCCUUGCAAUGGUCGCCGCCUUCAUUGUCGGCUGCACUUACAGCGCUUCCGGAACCAUCUUUGGUUAUGCCAUUGGAUCCGCCAGCCCAUGCAACUCACCUAGCUACAUCUCCAGCAAAGGCUCGUUCUAUGCCGGCCUGUUUUUCAUGUUAGCCUGUGUUGAACUUGUCGCGAACCUGGCCAGCUGGUCUGCCUUCGGAUUUCUCGCCGAGAAGCUGCUGUACCGAAUCCGUGUGCUCUCUUUCCGUUCCCUCUUCCAGCAGGAGCUUGAAUGGCACCAGUCCGAGAAUCGCAAUCCCACGACACUUCUUUCAGUCAUCACAAAGGACGCGGCUGCCAUAGGCGGCUUUAGCGGUUCCAUCAUGGGCACCAUCUUCGCCGUGGUCGUGAACCUCCUUGUUGCAAUCAUCUAUUCGCACAUUCUAGCCUGGAGAAUCGCUAUUGUGUGUCUCGUGAUUUUACCUAUUCUUCUCGGUUCAGGCAUUAUGCAAAUCCGAGUUCUCUCCAGGUUCGAGGAGAAGCACGCCGGAGCAUACGCUCAAGCCGUUGGCAUCACCGUCGAGUCCGUCAACUCCAUCAAGACCGUCGCUACUCUGUCUCUUGAACAUGAAGUUCUGGGCCAGUAUAAGCGCGCUCUCAAGGGACCCAAGAAGGAGGUUAUCUCUGCCAGCGCCAUAGCCAACAUUUGGCUGGCCAUCGCCAACAGUACGGGCAACAUCAUCUACGCCUUUGCGUAUUGGUGGGGCUCGAAGCAAAUCGCAGAGGGCCGGUACACCCAAACGCAGUUCCUCAUCAUCCUCGUCGCCAUGCUUGUUGGCGCUCAGCUCUGGGGCCAAAUGUUCAGUCUGGCGCCAGAGGUGACGCGCGCCCGAAUGGCUGCAUCCAGAAUCUUUAGCCUUCUGGACCUUGACAAUUCCGAGGCUACUCCUUCAAGCAAAGAUACGGAUGCCUCUUGUAAGGGCAAGGAGAAGGAUGUCGAGGCUCUUGCCGAAUCCAAGCCGCGCCCUAGCGCAGGACGAGGCGGCGUAAGCAUCAGCUUCAAGAACGUUUCCUUCGCCUAUCCCGCCCGCCCUGAGGUCCAGAUCCUAGAUAACAUGUCCUUCACCAUCCAGCCAGGCCAAUUCUGUGGUCUGGUAGGCCCCUCGGGUGCCGGAAAAUCCACCGUAAUGGCCAUUGUUCAGCGCAUGUACACUCCAAGCACCGGCACAGUCGAGAUUGACGGCAUGGAUAUCUCCAAGUUCUCAGGCACUGACUUCCGCGACGACAUUGCCGUCGUGCCCCAAGAUAGCGCCCUCUUCGACGGCAGCGUCAAGUUCAACGUCGGCCUCGGCGCCAGGCCGGGCCAGGACGCAUCUGACCAAGAAAUCGAAGAGGCAUGCCGCCUGGCCAAUAUCCACGAAACCAUCGCUGCUCUGCCCCAGGGAUACGAUACUGAGUGCGGCCCCAACGGCUCGCAGCUCUCCGGCGGCCAGCGACAGCGCAUCGCGAUCGCGAGGGCGCUGGUGAGAAAACCCCGCCUGCUGCUCCUGGACGAGAGCACGAGCGCUCUCGACGCGGAGAGUGAAAAGGCUCUGCAGGAAGGUCUGGAGCGCGCGGCCCGCGGCAUAACGGUUAUCGCCAUCGCCCACAGGCUACACACGGUUCGCAAGGCGGACGUCAUCUUCGUCGUGGAGGCAGGUGCCGUUGCAGCCAAGGGCCGGCAUGAAGAGCUCAUGGAGAAGAGUGAGAGCUAUCGUCUCAACGCCAUGCAGCAGAUGCUCGGCCAUUAA